ACUUUACCGAAAGAACUAAGAGUAUCAAGUUUACUUUUUGAUUCAUUAUAAUUUUGUCGGCGAGAGGGUCUUACACAUCCUAAGUAUUGACAAGCACACCUGGAAAUGUUAUGCUCAUGACUAAUGUGGAGCUGUGCCCCUUAUGGAGCUUAGUUACUGUGGUCGGCAAUGCAGUCCGCAGUGUUUUGGUUUACAUUUUAUUCAUUUAUUUUGUUUAAUUCCAGUAACCUUUACAGCUUACCUUCAAUUUCGCUCAUUACUGGAAUGUCGCUUUCGAGAGGUUUUUGUUCUGUUUGUUAACUGUUGAUACCAGCUGCAAUAACCGACCCAGUUGCUGAGAGAUGUGCUUUGUUAAUUGCUGUCUUCAAUUACACAAGUUAAGCCAUUAUCAAAAUACAGCAUCCCUCUGCUAACAUUUUUCAGUCAAAACAUUGAAACUGCUGCUCUGAAUAAGCAGCAUUUGCCAAAAAUUACAACUUAUUAUAUCCAUGAUACACUUCAAGAUACAGAAGUGCUAUUGUAUGCGGUUGUAUAUCUUCUGUAUAUUUGCUACAGCCAACUCGGGCCUUGUUUUAUCUCUAACGCCUCUGUAGAAUGAUUGAGUUUCGAGUUUAUUUGAUUUAUUACACAGAUGGUGGUCCCAUUUAGCCAGUUGCACGACAGUUUUACAAGGGAGAUCCGUGGUACAUGAGCACAGCAACAUCAACAUAACCAGGACAUUCGAAGGGAAUGUCGCUGAGGUUGGAGGACGAGGAUGAGAGUGACAGCUCUAGUGAGAGCGAGGAGGAGGAGGAGCAGCUUGAUCGGCGCCAGGAAGCCAGCAUGGAUCUACCGUCAGAGUACUGGCAAAUCCAGAAGCUCAUCAAGUACAUCAAGAGUGGGAAUCCGACAGCCACGGUGAUCGCGCUGUGCUGUAUGAGGGACUUCAACUUGGCUCAGGAGACGUGCCAGCUCGCGAUGAAGGACGUCGGAGGGUUGGAAGUCCUCAUCAACUUGCUCGACACUGAUGACAUUAAAUGCAAGAUUGGAUCACUUAAAAUACUGAAGGAGAUUAGCCACAAUUCACAAAUCCGCCAAUCCAUUGUUGACAUUGGCGGCCUCCAAACUAUGGUAAACAUCCUGGAUUCCUCUGAAAAGGAACUCAAGUGUUUGGCGGCUGAGACAAUCGCCAAUAUUGCUAAAUUUCGGCGGGCACGAAGAACAGUCCGGAAGCACAAUGGUAUAAAAAAACUGGUGGGAUUAAUGGACUGCGUUCCCAUGCGCUCUGCCAAUUUAAGUCCCGCGCAAGAGAAGGACAUCGAGGUCGCUCGCUGUGGGGCCCUAGCGCUGUGGAGUUGCAGUAAAAGCAGAAAAAACAAGCAAGCCAUCCGCAAGGCGGGAGGCAUCCCGCUGCUCGCGCGACUGCUCAAGUCGCCCCAUGAGAACAUGCUCAUCCCAGUUGUGGGCACCUUGCAAGAGUGUGCUUCAGAGGCAAGCUAUCGACUCGCCAUCCAGACGGAGAAGAUGAUUGAGGACUUGGUCAAAAACUUGAACAGUGACAACCAAGAGUUACAAAUGCACUGUGCAAGUGCCAUAUUCAAGUGUGCAGAAGAUAAAGAGACCCGUGACCUUGUGCGGCAAUACGGAGGCUUGCACCCGUUGGACAUCCUGCUCGGAAAAUCUGAGAACAAGGAGCUGUUGGCUGCAGUGACCGGGGCUAUCUGGAAGUGCUCCAUCAGCCAAGAGAACGUUGCCAUUCUACAGGAGUUGAGGACCAUAGAAACUCUGGUGUCCCUGUUAAGCAAUCAACCAGAGGAGGUGCUCAUAAACGUGGUGGGAGCGCUGGGUGAAUGCUGCCAGGAGCCGGCUAAUCGUGCCAUAAUCCGCAAGACAAGCGGCAUCCAUCCCUUGGUACAGCUGCUCACGGGCACCAACCAACCGCUCCUCAUCAACGUCACCCGAGCAGUGGGUGCCUGCGCCAUGGAUCCUGAAAACAUGGGUAUUAUCGAUCAUCUGGAUGGAGUUCGCCUGCUCUGGUCCCUCCUUAAGAACUCCAACUCACAAGUGCAAGCCAGUGCAGCUUGGGCUAUUUGCCCUUGCAUUGAAAAUGUCAAGGAUGCUGGAGAAAUGGUGCGAUCGUUUGUGGGUGGACUGGAGCUAAUCGUGAACCUGCUCAAGUCUGAUGACAACGAGGUUCUGGCCAGUGUGUGUGCAGCUAUAUCCAAAAUUGCCAAGGAUGAAGAAAACUUGGCAGUGAUAACGGACCAUGGGGUGGUGCCCCUUCUUGCCAAUUUGACGAGCACGACGGACGACAAACUGCGUAAGAACCUGGCGGAAGCGAUCGCUUGCUGCUGCACGUGGGGGAGCAACCGAGUGGCAUUUGGGGGUGCCCAGGCGGUGGCUCCGCUUGUGCGCUACCUCAAGUCCAAGGAUGCGUUAGUUCACCGCGCCACAGCGCAGGCUCUCUACCAGCUGUCCCUGGCUCCUGAGAACUGCAUCACCAUGCACAGCAAUGGAGUGGUCAAGCCACUGGUGGCCAUGGUGGGCUCCACCGACACAUUUCUGCAGGUGGCGGCCGCAGGCUGCAUAAGCAACAUCCGCCAGCUGGCUCUGGCCAAUGAAAAGGUGCGGUACGGCUGACGUAGCCCUGACAUAGCCCCACAUUUUGAUGUACAUGAAGACUCAUCCAAUAUCAGUUGCUCGUGAUGUUGCUUUGUCAGGAGUAACACAUUUGAAGACACAUCGUGAGUAAUAGGAUAUUUUUGGAGUCACCAAGAUCGUCAAUUUUUUCAUGUACUAUGUAUGGGUUUAAUUAUCACAUUACUUAUUUCACACUUAAUUACAGCCUGAUAUUUUUGUUGUCAUUCACGAGUCUUGCGGAGAUUUGUUAUCUAGUACUUUGUGGACACGUUGCACUAUUCAUGUGAAACCCUUAUUCUCUACUUAUAUUGAUAGUAAAGUGCUUAUCACGAAAUUUCAUAGUACAUUACUCUCGAUUAUCCACACUAAUGAUGGAGAGGAUGGCCAUUGAUAAUUCAAAAUCGCGGAUAAUCCAAAAAUAUACAUUUUCCGCAUGCUCAGAGAUAACACUCCUGUUCCCACGCACAAGACUCUGCCCACUAAGUGGAUAGGAGCAGAGCCACGCGAAUCAACAUCAAUCAAACUCUGCCCACUGUUGUAAAGAUAUGCAACUACUGUACUGUAGAGUUGAUCGCGUGGAUUUAGGAAUAAAUGGAGCACACAUUUGCUCGGUUUAAGCACGUAACUUGUAAUAAACAUUUCAAAGAUAACUCUUUUUAGAUUCAUAAUUAACGUUUUUGGGUUAGAUCGCGUUUUAUAUAAAUGUGUCGUAACCCUCCACCACCCGACACGGCCAAUCAGCAAAAAAGUGUCACGUUGACAAAAGACAAAUAAUUCACUACUUUAGCCCACCGGUGUGUUGAAGAGUGAAACCACAACAUUUACAAUUUUAUUAUGAAUAAUAUUGGUCACGAAAGCCUACGUGUUAAACACUUUUUAGAUUAUUAAUUUGGGCUUAAGGGAAAAAAAACACGAUUUAUGAAUAAAUCUCGGGUGCAUGGUAAAUCUACAAAUCUGAUAAACCAUACGUGGAUAAUCGAGAGUCUACUGUAUUUGCAUAGCUAAUAUGGUGUAUCAUUUGUUGGGGGAUAUUCAAGAUAUUGCUGUUGAAGGAAUAAGUUUGUGUUUUUUUAAUGUGAAAUAAA